AGGCACUUGAAGGGGCAGCUUGCUUCCUAUCUUAUUGCAUUUUUAGCUUCUCCGUUUACCCUUGGAUUCCCUGUUUAUGUACGGAUAUACCAUUCAGCUGAUGAUAGCUUACAGUGAUCAGAAAUCCGAGAGCCGUCGCUCCGAUCCCGCUCUGGGUUUCCCUCGGGUCAUGUUCUACCGUCACCGGCGAUUGAGGUAAUCGUUCUUCCACUCGCCAACCAGAAGCAAGCAACAGCGAAGAAAAGUUUCUUGUUUUUUUGUUUGUGUUAUUGUAUAAUACUACAGUCUAUAAAUCCAAUUCGAUGCCGAAUUCAAAAAAUAACCGAAAGGAACAGGAGAAGAGCCGGCGGGGAAGGCUAUCUGAAAAGGCGUCGUCAUUUCACGGGAGAAUCCCGACGAUGGCACCGACAGAUCUGAGGCGGCCGAAGACGCAGCCUGAUCUACUUCAAGAGAAGGCUAUUUCCACCUCCUCCGAUGUGAGGCCGAAGUUGACGAAGCUGCUACUGAACGUGACUAUUCAAGACAGUCUCGGAGCCGUUCAGGUGGUGAUAUCGCCGGAAAACACUGUCAGAGACUUGAUAACUUCCGCCGUCAGGCAGUACUCCAAGGAAGGCCGUCGACCAAUCUUGCGGCCAACGGACGUUGCGCUUUUCAAUCUCCACUAUUCUCAAUUCAGCUUAGAAAGUUUGGAAAGAGAAGAGAAGCUGAUGGCGUUGGGAUCCAGAAAUUUCUUUUUGUGCACCAAAACGGCUGCGUUAAAGGACGGUGAGAAAAGAACGACGUCGUGCUCCAAUGAAGCUGAAAUUGUUACAAAGAGCUCGAUACCUUGGCUGAUAUUCAUGGAUUUCUUGUUGUAGAAGCAUUUUUUAUGGGAGUUGUAUUCUGUAAAAAAAACAAUAAUUUAAAAAUAGUUUAUAUUAAAAAGCAUGCAAUUUCGGGAAGUCUUGCAUGUAGGGGUCAUUUUAAAAUUGCUUGGGAAGGGAAGGGAGUGUUUCAUUAAUCAUAAAAUCUCUUUUAUUUAA